CGCGUUUUUCCGCGAUAAACUGAAAUUCCGGAUCCUGCUGUGAACUCCGCUCCGAACUGCGGACGCGCCCCGCUCGGCCUUCUGGGAGCUGUAGUUCAACCUAGCGGCGGCCAUGUUAAAAGCGGAGCUGGGGAGGAAAUCCCGGACAUUUUGCCUGUACUUAAAAAACCCGGCCGGACGCAGCUGAAGUCUCCAAAAAGAGGCCAUGUGCGGGAAACCCAGACGCACAGUAACGCCUCCCACAACAGCUUCAGUUUAAUCGCUACUCGCACUUCCGCGUCGCGGUGUAAUGACGUAUCAGGAGUUGGCGUGGCGGGCGCUUCCGCUUCCGGCGACGCGGUUGCCUAGGUAGCGAUGGCGAUGGCGAUGGCAAUGCCGGCGCCGAUCGCGGACGGGGAGUACACGGCCGUCAUCUACGGACUGAUCCGGGCCGGGCGCUACACGACGGCGGCGGCGAUCCUGAGCAGCGAGCUGCAGCGGAGCUGCCGCUCCCGGGCCGGCCUCUCGCUCCUCGGCUACUGCUACUACCAGCUGCAGGACUUCGCGGCCGCGGCCGAGUGCUACGAGCAGCUGGUGGCGCUGCACCCGGAGCUGGACGAGUACCGGCUCUACCAGGCCCAAGCCCUCUACAAGGCCGGGCUCUACGGCGAGGCCCUGCGGGCCACCAGCCCCCUGCUGGACGUGCCUGCCUACCAGGGCCGUGCUCUUCGUCUCCAGGCUGCCACCCACUAUGCCCAGGGCGAUCUCCAGGCAGCCAAGAGCCUGGUGGAGCAGGUGCUCACGGCUGCAGCUGAGGGGGCGGCAGGGGGCUCCGACGGGUCGUGGGAGGUGCCUGAGGCAGAGGUGAACCUGGGCUGCCUGCUGUACCGUGAGGGGCGGCAUGAGGAGGCCUGCAGCAAAUUUGCUGGUGCCAUGCAAGUGCUCGGCUAUUCCCCAGAGCUGUCCUACAACAUGGCCCUGUGUUGCUACGCUGCCAAGCAGUACGACCUUGCUGUGAAGCACAUUUCCGAGAUCAUUGAGCGAGGCAUGCGCCAGCACCCAGAGCUCAGCAUUGGCAUGACCACUGAGGGCAUUGACGUCCGCAGCGUUGGCAACACCCUGCUCCUGCACCGCACUGCUCUGGUGGAAGCCUUCAACCUCAAGGCAGCCAUUGAGUACCAGUUGCGCCACCUGGAGGCAGCCCAGGAGGCACUAACGGACAUGCCGCCGAGAGCCGAGAAGGAGCUGGACCCCGUUACGCUGCACAACCAGGCGCUGAUGAACAUGGACAGCCGGCCCACUGAAGGGUUUGAAAAAUUGCAGUUCCUUCUGCAGCAGAACCCCUGCCCACCAGAGACCUUUGGAAACCUGCUACUGCUGUACUGCAAGCACCAGUACUAUGACCUAGCUGCUGACGUGUUGGCAGAGAAUGCUCAUCUGACCUAUAAACUGCUCACGCCUUAUCUGUACAACUUCUUGGAUGCCAUGAUUACAUGUCAGACUGCCCCUGAGGAGGCCUUCCACAAACUAGAUGAGCUGGCAGGGACACUGACUGAGCAGCUGAGAAAUCUCGCAAAACAAGGGCAGGAAGCUAGGCAAAACCGGGAUGCUGAAGCUAUCAACAAGUCAGUUAGCGAAUAUGAUGAGACUCUGGAAAAAUAUGUGCCUGUCUUGAUGGCUCAGGCCAAGAUCUACUGGGACAUGGAGAAUUAUACAAUGGUGGAGAAGAUUUUCCGCAAGUCAGUAGAGUUCUGCAAUGAACAUGAAGUGUGGAAGCUGAAUGUGGCUCACGUGCUUUUCAUGCAGGAAAACAAAUACAAAGAAGCCAUUGGCUUCUAUGAGCCCAUUGUGAAGAAGCACUAUGAUAACAUACUGCAAGUCAGUGCUAUUGUGCUAGCCAACCUUUGUGUCUCCUAUAUCAUGACAAGCCAAAAUGAAGAGGCAGAGGAACUGAUGAGGAAGAUUGAAAAGGAGGAGGAGCAGCUUUCCUAUGAUGACCCUGAUAGAAAGAUCUACCAUCUCUGCAUUGUCAACUUAGUCAUUGGAACGCUUUACUGUGCCAAAGGAAAUUACGACUUUGGCAUCUCACGGGUAAUUAAAAGUUUAGAGCCUUAUAACAAAAAGUUAGGUACAGACACCUGGUAUUAUGCCAAAAGGUGCUUCCUAUCAUUGCUGGAGAACAUGUCUAAACAGAUGAUCAUGCUGCGUGACAAUGUUAUUCAAGAGUGCAUCCAGUUUCUAGAGCAGUGUGAACUCUAUGGCAGGAACAUCCCAGCUGUUAUUGAGCAACCCCUUGAAGAAGAGAGGCUGCACAGUGGAAAGAACACAGUUACAUAUGAAGCCAGACACCUGAGGGCACUGAUGUAUGAGGUGAUUGGGUGGAAUAUGUAAAUGAUGUUGGAAUAUAAUCUGGACAGGGCUUUGAAUCUUCAGUUUUGUUCUUUAGUUGAUACAGACUUUGGCUCUCUAGAGCAGUAUGUUUUCUCUUUGAUCCACCAUAUUUAAAUAUUUUUGUCCUGCUGUUUUGCUGUAUUAAAUGGAAAUAGAGUAUUAA